GCAGCCGGGAGGGCGGGGGCCGGCGUUCAGCGGGGAGCGCUCCGGCCGCCGGUGCCGCCCGCACUCCGCGCUCCCGCCCGGCGCCGCCGCUGCCCGGGACCGGCGGCCGCCGCCGCGCAGAGCCCGCGCUCUCUCCCGCGCCGCGUCCUCCCGUUGUCCUGCCCCGCCAUGAAGUUGAGCAGCCGCGGCCGGGGAUGCUGCGCGGGCGGCAGCCGGGAGCGCGGGCCGCCGCCGCGGAGCCCCUUCGUGCACCAGCUGCGCUUCAGCCCCCUGGAGAAAGCCAAGAUUGCCUUCAUGACCUUGACUCUGUUUCCUAUCCGACUCUUUUUUGCUGCUUUUAUGAUGUUGUUGGCCUGGCCUUUUGCAUUCAUUGCUUCAAUGGGAUCUGACGAGCAAGAGCUUGAAAAGCCCCUCUCCUGGUGGCGAAAGAUAGUGGAUGUUUUGCUGAAAGCAAUAAUGAGAAUGAUGUGGCUUGCUGGUGGAUUCCACUGGAUAAAUGUGAAAGGCAGACGGGCAUUGCCAGCAGAAGCAGCAAUAUUAACAGUGGCUCCCCAUUCUUCCUACUUUGAUGCCAUUCCAGUGACCAUGACCUUCGCCUCCAUUGUGAUGAAGGCAGAAAGCAAAGAUAUUCCUGUUUGGGGAACUCUGAUCAAAUAUAUCCGACCAGUGUUUGUAUCUCGCUCAGACCAGGAUUCUCGCAGGAAAACUGUUGAAGAGAUAAAGAGGCGUGCCCAGUCUGAUGGUAAAUGGCCACAGAUAAUGAUAUUCCCAGAGGGCACUUGCACAAACCGAUCCUGUCUAAUUACAUUCAAACCUGGAGCAUUUAUUCCUGGGGUUCCUGUACAACCAGUGGUUUUACGUUAUCCAAACAAACUGGACACAAUCACAUGGACAUGGCAAGGGCCAGGAGCGUUUGAAAUUCUGUGGCUUACUUUAUGUCAAUUUCACAAUUCUGUGGAAAUCGAGUUUCUCCCCGUGUAUAUUCCUUCAGAAGAAGAAAGAAAAAAUCCAGUGUUAUAUGCCAAUAACGUCAGGCGUGUAAUGGCAGAGGCGCUGGGAGUUCCAGUGACAGACUACACGUUUGAAGACUGUCAGCUGGCUUUGGCUGAGGGACAGCUUCGUCUACCUUCAGAUACGUGUCUUUUAGAAUUUGCAAAGCUUGUGAGAAGCCUUGGGCUGAAGCCAGAAACACUUGAAGAUGAUCUUGAUAAAUAUGCUGCCAGUGCCAUGAAAAUGAAGAACGAAAAGGUUGAUCUCAAAGAAUUUUCAGCCUACUUGGAAUUUCCAGUUUCUCAGACAUUAGAAAGUAUGUUUGCACUUUUUGAUGAGAAUGAAGAUGGUGUAAUUGACAUUCGGGAAUUUGUCAUUGCUCUGUCAGUUGUCUGUAAGCCAUCCAAAACUCUGGAAACAAUUCAGCUGGCAUUUCAGCUGUACCAGUCAGAAGGCGGAACUGUCACAGAAGAGGAUUUAGCUCAUAUUCUGAAGACUGCCAUGGGUGUGUCACAAAUUGAUGUUACACAUCUUUUUAGAGCUGUAGAUGAAGAAGAAAAAGGAAAGAUUACAUAUGAUGACUUCUACACAUUUGCUGUGUUGCACCCACACUUUGCAGAAGAAUAUCUCUAUGCUGAUCAGAUGGGAGCUGAGAGCGGCUUGGAGACUUCAUCUCUUUCUGCUCCUAAUGGUAUCUGUACUGACUUCAGCCCUGACAACGCUGGAGAUAGAAGGAAGCCCUUGCAGAAGAAACUGAAUUAACACUACAACUGUUAACUUCCUCUCCUGGUGAGAGGGUUGUAUUUUCUUGGGAUUUUCAUAAGUCACUCCAAUUAUACAGCAAAUACCAGUUUUGUGUGUGAAAAGUUCUACCUGAAUACCAUCCUUUGAAUCAUAUGUGCUAUGUUUAACAACAUGUUCCAGGUUACUUUGGGAAAGGUGUUUUUAUUUUUUUUAAAAGGUCUUUGAAAGGCAAAAAAAUGUGAAUGUGCUUCAUUAUUAAUGUUCAUAUUUAAAAGGAAGCGGCACAACUUAUUUAUAUUCCAUUGGCUAGUUCCAUGUACUGAGUGUCGCACAAACUGUGCAUGUAUAAAGAAAAUGUAGCUCCUAUGGUGUAAAGUGCACUUUGGUGAUUAGUGUUUUCCCUAGUUAUGGGGAUGUUUAUUUGGGGCCAAACUUUGCUGUCCAUAUCUGAAUAGUCAGUCUUGUUGAUUUUGGUGGGAAUUAUUCUCUUGAGCAAGGCAAGCAUACUUUGGCCCUUUGUUUUGGUUUCAGUGAACAGUUUGGAAACAGUAACACAAAAACUUGCUAAGGAUUACUUUUUUAUUUUUAUUGCUGAAUGACAAAAUUGUUUCUCUUUCCAUGGUAGAAUGAAAAGGAAAGGCUCCUUAUCCCUCACCCCAACACUUUUCUACUGUAACCUUCUGGAUGCAAUUAAACAUGAAUUCUUUCCAAACUGACAUGCCACAUACUGUUUGAAAAUACAUAACUGAACUGUUUGUGCUUUUCUCUAAUAACCAAUCCAGAUCAUGUCCACACAGCAUUUUAUGGGAGAUGUAUACAGAGCUAUAUUUGAUUGAGAUUUAUCAGGAAUCACAGGUUUCUUUUGUAACAAGCCUGUACAGAUAACAUAGCAUGGAAUACAUCAUGGGAACUUUGGUGUAUCAGCGCAAGUUGGAAAAAGUUGCAGUCACUUCAGAGGCCUAGCCAGCAACAAGUUGCAGAACAUCCUGAAGAAGUGCUAGUUAAAUCUCUAUAGCAACAUUACAUAUACUUCAAAGAACAUAGAUGAAGCUUAGAAUAGUUUAGAACUGUUUAAAAAAAACCACCACACCUGUAUUAGUAAUACAUAUGUUUCCUUUUGUAAACCCAGAUGCCUUAACUGCUACUGGAGGUCUCAGAGAAAAAUGUAGAUUAUUAUAAAAUCACAGAGCGACAUUGGUUAGGAAAUGUGACAGAAGCCUCAAGGAGCAGGAAGGAGGACUCUGUCACAAAAUAACUAUGAUGGCAACUCUGCUUCCAAACAAAGAAAAAUCUUUUAAGUAAUUUCUGAUCAGUUUUGUAGGGUUUUGUGCAUGGAAAACUAUUGAGAUUAGAGCCUUCCACAGAGAAAUUUAAAACUAGAUUUGAAAGGGAAGAAUUUUGGCAAAGGAUGUCUUGUUUGUACCAAAUGCUUUUAUAGCUAUUUUUUAAGUAGCAGGAGGUGUUUUAAAGCUCAUUAGGGUAUUGGAAUAUGUCCUUAGAAAUCCCAAACUGUAUGUGGCAGGUCUCCAAACUGGAACUGGCUUUAAUAAAGAGGGUAGGAGGAAAAAAAUGUAAGAAAAUAUGCUUUAUGGGGGUAUGUGGAGGUAAUAAUUAAAUUUUUGAUUUAUCCAGGUAACAAAAGCCAAGCUCACAGGGCAGCAGCAGACUGGCUGGUAAGAUUUCCAUUAAAGCUGAUCAUGAAAAAUAGGAGAAAUUGAAAAAAUAAGGUGUAUGAGAAACUACAUUUAAGUAGGAAUAGUCAGCUGCACAGAGGAGGGAGUGAGUAUUACUGUGCCGUGUCUGCAGGCGGAGAUGGCACAGACUAUGUCAUACUGAGCUCUGUUAACUCUUUGCUGCAGAAAAUAUGCUCAUGAUGGAGGGGUGCAUCAGCAUGUGGCCUGUGAGAAGCAGGGUGGUAUUUCUUUGUUACCAACAUGUGAUAAGGUCUUACCCGAGGUACCUUUCAUAUUGGGGCACCUGAGAGAGAUGAGGUGUAAAUUAAUAAAGUCUGGAGGACAGAAAGUACUCAAAAAGAGAUCAAAAGUAUCCUUUAAUGCAAAGAAGAGGAGACUGAAGGAAGAUGUGAAGAGUCAUUAAGUAGAGAAAAAGUUGCUAUAGAGGAAAUAGGAACACUCUUCUCCACAAGGAUGGUAGAUGCUAGCUACUAAUUAAAAAAGCAAGUUUAGCAUUAGGAAAAGUCUCUUACAAUAUGCCUUUUUAAGCUAAGGAGAAGGGUUAUUUCAGGUGGGGUGAACAGUCUGCCUUCUUUCACUGAAGGAAGGAAGUUUUUGAAAACAGAGAUGACAGGGAGCUCCAGUAGAGACACUUGAUUUUGCUGAUCAUGCCCCAGGGUUACAGGGAGAUGUCCCUGAGGCUGUAAUUAUCCCUGUUUUCUGUAAUUAUACAGUAUGUAAGGGAAGGCAGGUGUAGUCUGAACAUAUUGUAUCUCUACAAGACUAUGGCACGUGGCUCAAGCUGGCUAAGGCAGUUAUCUUUUGCUUUGUAUGUGAGCUUGGGAAUGUGAGAAUUUCAGAAUGCAGGGAAUGAGAGAGAGUUCCCCAACACGUGUCUGGAAAAAAGAAAGAGGUAAGCUUAGAAUCACGUGGACAACUCCAAAGUGAGAGAAGCUCCAGAGAAAGAGAUACAUUGACCACAUCUGUGAAACAGCAAAGAGAGCUGAUUGAAGUUGGCUAAAUACAAGUGUGUCUAAUUUGCAUGUACGGUGUGACCCCUUGAGGGUCUGUUUUAUGAAAGCCCAUAGGUUCAUUGACUUUUUUAUUUUUAUUUGUGAGGUGUUUUGUAGUUGUGGUGACUGUAAUUGCUGUACUUGUGUGCACCUAAGCUGUACAGAGUGCAUUGGAGGGUGCUGCAGCCUGUAGUAGAUGGGCCCUUAAACAGGCUCCACAAAGAGGCACUGAAAGUCCUGUGCACCAGUGAGCUCAGUCCAGAGCUGCUGCUGGAGAUGGCUGGUGACCCACACAAAUCACAAGCAAGUACUCUUGGUGGAUUAAAACUCAUUUAAAAAUUGGUGGAUUCAAUCAUUAAAAAGAAAAAGGCAUAAGACAAAACAACAAAUUCUGGAAGGAAAUGUGAUUCUCCCUUUUCUGAGAAAUUACUGAAUGAGAUAAAGACAUAAUAGGAGGAAUGAUAGGAUCAAGGAUCAGCGUGCAUGGAAACACUGCUAGAUCACACAUCAUGUCAGAAAAGUUGAGAUUAAUUUUAGCAUUUGUAGUAUAUAAUAUUUGAGUGCCUUGUAGUGAGAGAAGCCACAUUACCACAGGGUGGUGAACUCAGGCUCUUGAGGGCAGAGGCCUGUAACACAUCACAUGACUGCAGCCAUACUCUUGUUACAAUUCAUCCAUCAAACCCCAGCUGCAGGGGUAUUCCAGUAGUUCCUGAUGAGAAGCCUUUUUAGGGGCAUUGACUGUGGAGCAGCUGGAUUGUGACAGUCAAGUUUCAGUGACCUGAUGCAAAGUCAGAGUAGAAGAGAAAACUUCCUUUCCCCUUCACCAAACACUGACAUGUAAAUGCUUUUCAUUAAAAUAUUACUGAUUUUAUGGGCAGAUUGGUAUAUUUUAACAGGUACUAUCAACACCCCCUAAAUUUACAAGGGGACAUAAGCAGGCUUAGCAACUAUUUAACUUAAAUGAUCCUUACACAAAAAAUGCAGUGAUGUGAAGGCAUUUGACGUUUCUAAUGAGCCUUUUUGUACUCUUAUGUAACACUGCCAUCGCUUGCCAGUAGAGUUCUUGCAUCAACCUGAAUUCUUACAGAUUGUAUGAGAUACCCAGCCAAGGCACUGGGCGUCUCUUCUCAUAUGCCUGAACAAGUAUUUAAAGUUACCCAGAAAACCACAAAAUCACAAAUAUCUGAAGUUUGGCGGGGGGGUUUGGUUUUCUGUUGUUUAAUUUCUAUUUUUUCAAACAUAACGAAGCCUCGCUAAAACCAAACAAAUGCUUGGUAGGUGCAAAUCACGUUUAAACCACUGUCUCUAGCACGGUAUGGCAAAUGUUAUUACAGAUUUUUGGGGAGUCUGUUGCUCUAACAGAUACAUUUAAAACACUUCAUAGGAAAUGUAUAAGCCUGAUGGAGAAACUAGGCUGUACACUUAGUUUUAUAUUAAUUAAUUACACUGUAUGUUUAGAUGCAUUUAUUGCAGCUAGAAUGAUCUAGGUGUGAUAAAUAGCAACCAGACCUGUGUGUGUGUUUGCUAAUCCCAUUUUCAAGGUAUAAAUCCUUAGGUCACAGGGGUUGAAAAGGACACGUGUGCAGUAGGGAAGUGAUGCAACCUCUUUAGGGACACAGCUGCCAGAAGUAAAUAUCUAAGUGUCACACAGAGCUCUUUAUUAAUAUCUUCCUGCAAGCUGAAAAACUUUGUUAGCUAGUUUAGACAUUGGGGUGGUUGGAGUAUUUUUGUAUUCACAAAAUGCAGUGAACAUUUUCCUGUAAAAGUCAUUGUUGCACUUCAACAUCUGAUAAAUUUAUAAAACAGGUGUGGUUUUAUAUAUUUAUGAGUUCCCUGAUAAGUUCAUCUUUGGUAUUGCCAGUAAACUAUUCUUCCUACUUUUAUAUUGCCAUGUGGUAACUAUAGCUUUCCAUAUAAACUGUUUUAGUCAUCUUCUGCUCUCUGCUCCUUCAAAAAUAGUAUCCUCAUUAAAGGACAAAAUAAAAUAAAAAAAAACAAGCAAAAAAAAAACCACCUGCCCUGACUUAAAAACUACUAGUUGCGAACUCUAGUAGCAUGUGCUGUAGAUCCUGUGAUCUCAGGAAAAAUCUGUGAGCAAGCUUUGCAUAUGUUAUGGGACUAAACUAGGCUGGAGAGAAAACAAAAUUAUGGUUUAAAGUUCUGACAAACUAAGUUCAAUUUUUCUUUAGGUUAGAGUGUGGGUCAUAAUACUUUCUGAAAUGUUGCCUUUUACCUAAUGUGAACCCUCUGUUCUUUUCUCUAGCAGAGCUUUCAUGAGUGUUCUAGAAAUAGGAAAUUACAAAUACACUAGCCAAGAGUUCUACAUUAGCAAAAUUCAAAUUUGGCUCCUAAAGCUAUAUUGAGGCACAAAAGCUCCCUGUGAACCAGGCACUUCAAAUAGUUUGCUACUUUUCAGGUAUCUGAACUUCAGCUGGUUAGGAAGACUUAAAUUAACAAAUUAUUCUGAAUAAAUCACUACCAAAAAAAACUGUGGAAGAAAACAAAAAUGGAAGUAAGUGUUGUCAUCAGUGUCAUUAAUAAUUAGUUACUAAUUAAUUAAAUAAUUAAUUGAUCAGUCCGACAAAAUGGCAAGAUCUGUUUCACAUAUGAGCAGGAAGGCUGACAUGGUCAUUCAGGUAAUUUUGCUAUCCUGACUAGGUAGAAUUUUAUCCAGGUGAUCUUUACUCAGAGGGUGAUUUCUUGAAGGUAGUGCAACAUCCCAGUAAUGUCUUGGUCACCGGCAGUGGAGACUUCAUCUUCUCACCCUGCCUUUUUUUCUUUGCAUUAUGGAGAAAAGUAUUCAAACCAUGAGAGGAACCCUGUAGGAUCUUACGGGUAAAAACCCUCCAGCACCACCUCAGAGAUACACGGUGGUAGUUCUGUGGAAUAGUUAUGGUGGUGAACUGGAUAGACAGUGCUGGUCACCAACACCUUGUGGUCAAACCAUGUGUAAAUGAUAAUACUGAGUUAAAACUACUGAGAGAACACAACAGCAAACAGGGCAUCCUUUAGACGUGUUUGGACUUGGGUCUGUGAGUAUUUCCUGCGUCUCAAAGUGCUCAAGUUGAGACAGUUUCUUUGUCUGGGAAACAUGUCAGGUUUCUUUCAAGAUACUAACUACUUUAACUUCUUCAAGUGGAAGAGUGCUUUGUUUUGUAGAAAGCAGCUUCUUUUUCCCCAGAUGGUGUGAUGUACUUUUAUCCUGUGUAAUGUGAUAAAAUGAAGUGGGUGAUACCAAGAGAGCAGAGGAUAAAAGAGGCUUAUAAAAUAGAGGGUUUAUGUUUCUGUGAGAUAUGCUGACACAUUUCUGCACAGUAGUUGACACUGCCUAGAUUGUCUUGUAAGUUCAUUAUGCAAAAUCAUUUUACUGGCUGUUGAUGGCAGUGGCUGUUUAUUCCACUUUCCUUAGCAGGGUGGCAGAGCAGAAUACUCCUAUUCAGACCAACUUUGGGGUAUAGAUGUAUUUGCAGUUUUGAAACGAUUAGUGUCUGGGAACAGAAACAGUAGAAUCACCUUAGCACUGAUUGCACCUCAGUAAGUUAUUCCUGUUACAUAACUUAGCUCUUUGGGGUAUUUUUUUAUUAACACAGUUAUCAUGCUUUAUUCUGAGCUAAGUUGAACAGAGCCAUAUGAACAUCAGAGCUCACUUGAGAUAGCUUGGGGAUCUCAAAAAGGUGCUGUAUGAUAAUCUGUUGGUAGAGUGUUACAUUUCAGUUUUUUCGCUUUGACCAAAAAUGUCAGAAGCAAGAGAAAAAAGUCAUGACUUCUGUAAUACUCUAUUUUUAUACUGUCAAUGGGGUGUUAUUUAAGAGCGCCAGUUCUGAGCCAAAGUCAGCUGAAGAAAAAUCAGACUGAAUUUCUGAUUCUGAACCAGCAAGUAGAAAAUCCCAUCCAUGCCCAGCAUGGCAGCAAAGCCUUUACUCUGCAGCUGGCCUUUUUCCACAGUAAAGAAGGAUCUUUUCUGCCUCUUGGGCUGGUGAAUUCAGUUUACUCUAUCCCUAGUUCUUGCUUGUGCUGUCUGUUCUUUGUAGGUUUGUUGCAGCCAGAGGGAGACCCUGCUGCCUCCUAAGCUGAAGUGACAUUCAUGGACUUUUCUCCCUGAGCCGGCAGCAGCAGGUGAAUAUUUGAGUCCUGUUCCAGUAAUGCUACCCAAAACUAAACUAUUUUAGUUUGUGCCUGCCAUUAGGUACAGAACUGCUUUUUCUUUUCAUACACUUUAACCAUUGCAGGUGUGUCCAGGUGACAGCAGGUCUGAAAGAGCUUAUGAGAUUGUCCUUGUUCCUGUGAGCAACAAGAAAUUAAAUUUAGAAGUAUUAGAAGUUUACAGUGAAACCUUAAAUUGGAUUGACUCCUGACUCACUAUAUAUAUAUCACUUUCAGUGUGAGCCUGUUCACUUCCAUGUUCCAAAUGCAGGAUCUAUAAAUGUGAUGGCAAACAAAGUCUCCUCAUGGAUACUGAAGAAAGCUGACGCUCAGACACUUUUCAUCCUACCAUGGUACUGGAAAUGAAAUUCAUCUGACAAUAGGUUGUUUCUAAGUCUAUGAAUGUAUAUGGGGAAAACCCAAAUACAUGUCUUUUAUUCACUAUCCAGCAUGAAGACAAUUUUGUAUUUUAAAUGCUAAAGAAAUAAACUUUGAAAGAUCUUUUAUGGCCUAAGUAUAUAUUUUUUUGUCCUAUGUUUUCUUUUAUAAUGAACUUCAAGCAAAAUAUUUCUUAUAUUUCAGAAAGGACAUUUAGGUUAGCCAGUGCUGUAUUUUCCAGACAACAAAAGCAGUUUUAAAGUCAACAUCUAAAAAUGAAAUUGUAUUUUUAAAUAUGUGAAUUAGAAUUCCUUUAAGUUAAACAUGUCUCCUUAGCAACUGUAUAUACUUAGACAAAAAGCAAACCCAUUGCAGCUGCUUGUCUCUGUAGUUGUUUGUGUUUGGUGAUUUGUUUAUAUUGCUUUUUCAUAUUGCUCUAAGGUUAUUAAGAGUCCGUGUAAAUCAGCAAUGUUAGAAAUAGAAGUCAGAAGUAAAUUUCUUUAGAAGUGAUAGAAUUUGUUUCCUGGAAGAGGACCAAGAGUAAGCAUCAGCUAACCUUGUGUUAUGUACUAUACUACUUAAAUGUUGCAGCAUUGUGCUGAGAGUAUUUGACAUCUGUUCAAUGGGACCACUUUCUAAACCUUUUUGUAAUUCCCAGCAUCUGUCCAGGUGUGUGAGACAUUUCUAAUUUGAUGACAGAUACUAGUUCAUCUUUUUUGGAAAAAUAAAAUUGAGUAAUCAGCAAGCUGAGAAAUAACUCAGAAAAAAAUAAUUUUGAUCUCUGUUGUUGAACUUGCAUUGAGGGUAUCAUUUUUAUACAUUGGGAGAAAAAAAAAUGAUUGCUGUGGUUUUGAACACACUUGAAAUUUCAAAUGCAAAAUUGAAAAAGUUAACACUGAAAUUAUCACAUUUUGGAAUUCUCUUGUACUUCUACUGAAUCCAAGUUAGGCACUGCCAUGAAAAGGAUGCUUUUAGCUGGAAACCUCUGUUGACAGAGCAGGAAUCUGUUUUGUAGGGACUCACUUGUGAGGUAUCACAUGGUUGUUCCAUCAGUGGUACAACUUCUAUUGCUGACUUCAAGGCUGCUUAAACAGAGCUGGUGUGUUUGAAGAAAAAAAGGUUUUUAUUGUAAGAGCCCUUGGAUGUGCAGUGUAAAUCUGUAACAAUAUAUAGUGCUACUGGAUAAUAAUGAUCUAAAUGCAUAUUUUCUGCUGUAAAUUUCCCUCAUGUGGCUCCAAUGAUAUGUGUACAUAGACUAUUACCUUUGCACUGAACUGACUAUACUUCAUAAAAUGAAGAGCAAAAACAAGUAUUGUACUAAAGAUGACCAUACCUUGUGGCUCCAAUUGUGGAAAUACUUUUGCAGAACAAAAGGUAUAGCUUCAGUGUUAUAAAUUUGAUUUUUAUAUUUUUAUUAACAUGCAUGGAAGACUAAGGAUAAUAUUUUUUAAAAAUGAACUUGGUUUUUGUACAUUUUUUCAAUGUUUAAAGCUAUAUGAUUUAACAUUACCUCUGAAUGCCAGUGAUCAGUGAAUUUUUAAAGGAAAUACCUCAAUUUGAGCAUUCUUCUCUUGUUACUUGUCUGAUAGGUUAAAAUGGACUAUAGGGUGUGAUGAAGUGAACAUAUACAGGUGCUUAAACUGUGCUGUAGAAAGCAUAUGAUGAUUUACUGAAAGGGACCUAAAUGAUACACUACAAGUGUUGAGUGCAGUUACACAAUCAUGGCUCAUUCUGCCCAACUGGACAUUUUCCUCAUGAAUGGCUUGUAAAUUAAAUUUUCAGCGUGAAGCCAAAUUAAAAAAAAUGAAACAAAAA